AUGGAUGGGGCGCACGCCGGGUGGGAUGCCAUGAACAACUGCACCGAUGAGCAGUACUGGGACACCCUCGUUUACCAGUGCAUCCCCUGCAGCGCCGUGUGCGGUUGGCCCACAGUGAGGAGGUGCGCUGCCCUGUGCGCGGGUGCCCUGGUGGCCACCCCACCUCCGCCAGCCGCCCUGGUCACGGCCUUGCCGCCGGCGGCUGUGCUGGAGCAGAAGGCGUGCGUGGAGCAGGAGCCGUGGCUGGUGGUGUACCUGCUGCUGGGGCUCUGCCUCUGCGCCCUCGUCUGCUCCCUGCUCCUGGGCUGGACCCACCUGCGGAGAAAAGGAGAGGUGGUCUCCUGCCAAGCCAGCCCUGGGACCUGCCACCGCAGGGAGGACUCCUCCAAAGAUCGCCUGGUGGAAGCUGGAAGCGUCGGUGAUGGAUCCACCGGCAGCAGGGUCCCAGAGCCGGUGGAAACCUGUGGCUUCUGCUUCCCUGGACACGGCUCUGCCGUACAAGAGACCAAAUCAUGCCACAGCACCACCUGUCCCACCGGGGAGAGAGCUGCUCCCUCCCACACCGGGAUAUGCAGCACGGGAAGCGCCGGGGCCAUUCCCAGCCCUGAUGAUGGCCACUUCAAAAUCAUAUGUUCUCCUUCACAAGAGAAGACGCCCAUGGCGUGA